AGCACUGGCUGUCGUCUACACCUAUUGUGCAACCAUUGAUAAUACUUGUCAGUCAGUGUCAACGUAGAUCGGUUUGUUAUCAAAUGCGAAAUUGUUUCAAUGAUGGCUACAGCUACUUCAUCCGAUAAAAUAAACGAAGAAAGAAGGAAGAGGGUGUUUCUUGGAACUCUCCCUCCAGAUUUCCUGAGAAUAUCAGAAUCCACGCAACUGCAGCAAGAAUCAGCUGACCAGCAAACAGCCAUAGCUCUUCAACAGCAGAUGUUUGGCAGUUCUCUUGUACAGAAUCCAACUGGAAGGCUCAACAUUACUGUUACCAAUGCGAAACUUGUGAAAAACUAUGGAAUGACCAGGAUGGAUCCGUAUGUGAGAAUCCGAGUAGGCCAUUGUGUCUACGAAACUCAUACCGAUCCUAAUGGAGGCAAGAAUCCAAGAUGGAACAAAGUUAUACAAUGUUUGGUGCCUCCAGGCGUGAUUAGCAUGACGGUGGAGAUCUACGACGAGUGUUCGUUCACGAUGGACGAGCUGAUCGCGUGGGCCGUGGUGCCGAUCCCCACCUCGGUGCUGGCGGGCGAGACCCACGAGGACUGGUACCCGCUCACCGGCAAGCAGGGCGAGGGCCUCGAGGGCAUGAUCAACCUUGUGCUCAGCUAUUCGAACGUGCCAGUGAACCCCUACUUCUACCCGACGCAGGGCGUGGCUCCGGUAAUGAUGGUUCCUUCUACGGCAACCGGCUCACUGUACGGCAUCAGUCCCUAUGCGCCUGUGCAGGUCUACACCCAACCAACACCAGCCUCUGCCUUGCAGACGGUCGCUCAGUACAACGAAACCGAUUUCAAACAGAUAGAAGAAAUGUUCCCCAACAUGGAUAAGGAAGUUAUAAAAUCGGUCUACGAAGCGAACCGGUUCAACAAGAACGCAGCAGUCAACUCCUUACUCCAAAUGGCUGAGUAAAAUUUCUCUUUACAUCCAAGCUGCUUGGAAAUUUUAAAUUUCCAAUUUAUUAAUUUUUUAUCAAUUGUAACUUUCAGCCUGAAUGAUUUAUUUUGUAAAUUAUGCUACUCGAUUUACUUUUAUUGAAGUAUAGCCUAACUGUGACUUUUCAUUAACAUGAGAACCAUUUUCUUUUUUCAUUGAUUUUAAUCGUUAUAUUUCGAAAUCGAGUUUCUAUCUGAAAUUGAUAAGAUAUUAUUAAAACCAUAGGGUAUAAUGUUUAUCUUUUCAUCAAAGGUGUUACGUUUUUAAUGUAUAAGAUUGACCAAUGCCUAACGAUUUCUAACACUCAACAAUAAUGUAUGUUGUUAAGAUACAUAAAAUAUAUAAGAUAAACAUUGUUCGUAAUGUUGAUGAAUUUUCAUGUUACUUUCAUUCUUUUUCUUUAAUUUAUCGUGUUAUCAAAACAGUUUCCUGUUACAAUAUGUGCCAAUAACAUCUCUGAUUAUAUUUUAUAUUAAUGGAUAAAUGGUAGUUGAUAGAUUAUUUUAUAAGUGUUAAUUUUUUGCAAAUCAAGAAAUAUUUGAGUGCAACGAUUGAGUUUAUUAAAUUGUUAGUUUAUGUUUUAAGCUAUUUUGUUCACGUAAAUUCUUGAACCCUUCACUAUGAAUCUUUAUUCAAACAACAAAUGUUUAUUUUAAAAGCUUUCAAUGAAUGGUAAAUU